AUGGAUUAUAAGUCAAGCCUGAUCCAGGAUGGGAACCCCAUGGAGAACCUGGAGAAGCAGCUGAUCUGCCCCAUCUGCCUGGAGAUGUUUACCAAGCCAGUGGUCAUCUUGCCAUGUCAACACAACCUCUGCCGGAAGUGUGCCUGUGACAUCUUCCAGGCUGCAAAUCCCUACUGGACCAACCGGGGUGGCUCGGUGUCCAUGUCUGGAGGCCGUUUCCGAUGCCCCUCCUGCCGCCAUGAAGUGAUCAUGGACCGUCAUGGAGUGUACGGCCUGCAGAGGAAUCUGCUGGUGGAGAACAUCAUUGAUAUCUACAAGCAGGAGUGCUCCAGUCGGCCCCUGCAGAAAGGCAACCACCCCAUGUGCAAGGAGCACGAAGAUGAGAAAAUCAACAUCUACUGCCUCACAUGUGAGGUGCCCACGUGCUCCAUGUGCAAGGUGUUUGGGGUCCACAAGGCCUGCGAGGUGGCCCCACUGCAGAGUGUCUUCCAGGGACAAAAGACUGAGCUGAGUAACUGUAUCUCCAUGCUGGUAGCAGGGAACGACCGUAUUCAGACCAUCAUCACUCAGCUGGAGGACUCCUGUCAAGUGACCAAGGAGAACAGCCACCAGGUGAAGGAAGAGCUGAGCCAGAAGUUCGACGUGCUGUACGCCAUCCUGGACGAGAAGAAGAGUGAGCUGCUGCAGCGGAUCACGCGGGAGCAGGAGGAGAAGCUCAGCUUCCACGAGGCCCUCAUCCAGCAAUACCGGGAGCAGCUGGAGAAGUCCACCAAGCUGGUGGAGACAGCCAUCCAGUCCCUGGACGAGCCCGGCGGGGCCAUCUUCCUCUUGAGUGCCAAGCAACUCAUCAGAAGCAUUGUGGAAGCGUCCAAGGGUUGCCAGCUGGGGAAGAUAGAGCAGGGCUUUGAAAACAUGGACUACUUUACGUUGGACUUAGAGCACAUAGCAGACACCCUGAGGGCCAUCGACUUUGGGACAGGUGAGGAAGAGGAGGAGUUUACUGAAGAAGAAAAUCAGGAAGAGGAAGAGUCCACAGAGGGGAAGGAAGAAGGACACCAGUAAGGAGAUGGAGGAGGGAGAGACCGUCUAGAUGCAGAGAGACU